GCGGGCGGGGUGCGGGGGCGGGGGCGAGCGCGCGCCCGGCACGCGCCCCACCGCCGCGCGCGCCGCCGCCGCUACUUAGUGCAGGCUCCCGCCGCCGCCGCCGCCAAUCCGCCGGCAACCUCCGCGCCGCACGCACACGUGCACUCUCGACGCUCUACGAACGACUCUACACUCGCGAUGCCGAUGGCAGCUAUCCACUCUUAUCAGUCCCUCGGGCACAACCAGCAGAACGCCCAGAGGAGACUCGCCCCCGCUCCCAUGGACCCUUCCCGGUGCAAGAAGAAGUCCUCCUACCUGCACCAGCAGUACCCCGCGCAGCCGGCGUCCGUGGCCCGGAGGAACGCCAGGGAGAGGAACAGGGUGAAGCAGGUCAACAAUGGAUUUGCCGCUCUCCGCCAGCACAUCCCCUCGGCUGUGUCAGCUGCUAUCAUUGGAGGAAGAGGCUCGUCUAGGAAGCUGAGCAAAGUUGACACUUUGAAGUUGGCUGUGGAAUACAUCAGAAGUUUGAAGAGAUUGUUGGAGGAGGGUGAGGACGGUUGUUCAGAGUCGCAGACGAGCCUGGGCCUGGGCUCGGGCGCGCAGACGCCGCCGUCGUCCGACGCGUCCCACUCGCCUGCACCCUCCUUCGUGUCCGAGAGCUCGGCAGGUCCCACCUGUCGAGACACCUACGACUCCUAUGAACCAAUGAGCCCUGAAGAUGAAGAGUUGCUCGAUGUCAUAUCGUGGUGGCAACAACAAUGAGAUCAGGAACCGUGCAUUACGGAGAUCAAAGUGCGGCCAUUGAGCGGCUUGAUGAUUGUGAAAAAACGAGUAUUCGCCUUAAGAAGGUCCCGAACGAGUCCGACGCGGGAGGAGCUCUAAUUAACCGCAAUCAGUAUAUUCCUAAUGAGAGGGAUAAUGGUGGCCUAUAACGGCCUCAUCGAUGCAUUCCGUGGGACCCCCGGCCUGCCCCGCGAGCCCCGCGAGCCCCCCGCCCGCCCCGCGCCCGCCGCCGGCAUUCGGCAUCGAUGGAAUAGCAAUAUCAAGACUGAUCAUAUCAUAAUGUUCCCAACUCGCAUUUAGAUGUAUCUUAUUUUAGUGAUUCAUCAUACCGCUGUGCCCUUAGACAUAGAGCCUUAUAGCGUACCUAUCACUUCCAGUGCGACAAGUUUUUAUAAAUAUUUAUUAAUGUUAUCUAGUCAUUAGAUUAUAAUUCAUAGUUUUAUUAUGAUGUUGUGAAUAUAGUUAUAAGUUACAAGAAAGAGGAAUAAAGGACAAGUACAAUAAAGUACAAGUGAGCCCAGUAAACUAUUUUGUUAACUUCGUUCUACUAAACAGAACAAUAGGACUUAUAUUGAAGUCAAGUAAAUGAACUUUUAGCAACCUAAGAGAGAUUCCUAUUAUUUUAAGCUUUUAGAAUGUUAGGAACUAUUAUGUAAUUGUUCAUGAAAAGAUUACGGAAAAUGAUAAUUUGUGUAAAUAAAUUAUAUAAAAUUA